UCCGACUAAUUUUUUUCUUAAGUUGUAAACAGCCAUUCUAGAUGAGCAAUAUAGGAUCAAGUUGUGGUUCAGGGAGGAGUCUCUUAUUUUUGGCUGACUACCCUUUUCUAGAUACACCUCUGCUCCCAUGAGAGCCUCCCUAGGCGGGAACCCUGAGCUGCUUUCAGAGCUGACUGCUGAGUAGAACGUAGAGGCUGGGGUGGAAUCACGUGGGGGUGGGAAGAAGAGAGUCCGAUGCCUUGGCCCUUCUGGAGUCCACACAUCAGGAAGCCAGCCAACAGUUGUGGUGCCUGACCCCUACUGCUGGUUAAAUCUGAAAAGGCAGAAGUAUCUUUGGAUUAAGGGAGGGAGUGUUGGUCAAUGGCACCUUAUUGUAAAUCAAAAUGGCCUCAAGGUUUCUUGUAACCACACCAGGAUGGAGAGAAAGAUCAUUGAGAGAUUUCAGGGGUCAGAUCGGCUGGGCACUCUGGGCACGGAAUUAAAGCUUGACUCUCAGUCUGGACAAACAGACCUACAAUUCCUGAUGUGAUGAGUGGGAUUCGCUGUCCUGAAUUAGAAAAAGAAGUCAGUAUAUGUGGGUCCUGAUCCUUUUCAUUGGCGACUAGAGAGAUGGCAGCCUUCAAUUCUGGGGAUAAAAAGAGGAUUCUCCCUGCCUGGAUGACAGCCCAGGUAGCUGAGAAGAGAAUGGUGCCAGCGAAGACCCCAAAGAGGAGGACAAUGACAGCAGGGCCAGCGGCUGCAGCAAGACUUCCCACGGUGAAGACUGUGUACUGCAUGAGUGAAGCCGAACUCGUGGAUGUUGCCCUGGGGCUCCUGAUUGAGAGUCAAAAACAGGAAAAGGCCUUGGAGGAGCUGCCUCUGGAAGGCACUGAUAAGCCAGAGUGCUUCCCCACCUGCUCAGUGUCCCCGAGUUCGUCUGGGAACAGAAUCGAGGAGGAAGACGAGGACAAUGAGAAAGGCGCCCCUCCCCUAGGCCUCGGCCCUUGUCACGGGCCUGCGGAUUCUGACUCUGCCUGCAGCAGAAGCCCUGAGGAAGAUGAAGAUAUGUUAAAAUAUGUCAGGGAGAUAUUUUUCAGCUAAGGGACAGAUUCUGUGGGACUUUCUAUCCAGGGCAGGAAGGAAUUUGCGCUUUUCCUCUCUGCCUGGGGACUGCUCCUUCGGCUGGAGAGGGUCACCUUGUAGCAGAAGCCCAGGACACUGGAGCCUUGGGAAGUGAGGAAUCCACACAGCUCCUGUUAGAAUUCCCCUCUGCGUUAGAAUUCCCCUCUGCACUGUGUCCUCUCCCCGCUCAGGGGUCUGCCAUCCCAGUUGUCUGUCGUAGUCACCUGCGAUCACUUUGGCCUUUAGACAGGACCAGCAGCUCUCAAGCUUGCUCCCGUCCUUCUCUGCCCUCCGAGGGAACUCAGCCAUGGCCGUAAGCGGGAGGAUGAGUACUGCCUGGGCAGUGGCGAGAGCUGGAAACCCAGGCCGCAGGGUGGAGCCGGCCGCAAGGUUAGUGAGGUCGUGGCGGUCAAACUUAUUGGAACCAAAGAAUCAACUUAAUAGUUUACAAUGGAAAAAAAAGUAUGGCUGCUAAAUACCCUGGGCUUCCUCCACUUUAGUCAGCACAGCCUCUCCCUGAGGAGGAAGCCUAUUUUAAAAAUAGUUCCUAUCACGCAGCCAGUCAAUCCGGGCCCCUCACUCACUCGUCCAGCCUUGCAGGCAGACAUACUGUCCAGCGCUCUGCUGUCUGGGAGCUCGAAGUUCACUGUGUACAGACGCUACAAGCCUCUUACCAAUCAACAAGCCUCCUCCCCGAGCUGCCCACUCCCUUCCACUUGGCAGCCUUGGCCUUGAUCCCUAGUUGGGCGUAAAUUGAGAGUGAGACAGGACGCUAAGGACAAGAGAUCACGUCGGAGUUCAUGUUUCUGCCUCUGUAUUCAGCGCAGCUCUUGACAGUUGUAAGUGAGGUGACCAUUUGCUGUACAGAUUUUCCAAUAUACAGGUGCUGAAAAAUACACAAAAUUCCCAAGCA